GAGCUCCGGCCCCUCCGCAGCGGAGCCUGCGGCCACCUCGUCCCCGUUGCGUUCCGCCGGGCUCGGGACCAUGCGGCGGGAGCUGCGCCGCGGAGCUCUGCUCGCCUGCUUCUCCUUGGGGACGCUGCUGGCCCUCGCCGAUGCUAAAGGUACCUUCUACCCCCCCGCCGCCCCCCUGCCCUACGGCGGCAGGUACAACCUCUACACGACCGGCUCCAGCCCGCAGCUCGGCAGACCCGUGGGCAAGCACAAGAGCUAUUGUGCCUAUGUGGUGCAGCGCAAUGUCACCUGUGUGCUGCAGGACGGCGCCGAGAGCUACGUCAAAGCUGAGUACCACAAGUGCAGCUGGGGCCCCAAGUGCCCGGGGAAAGUGCUGUACCGCACCUUCUUCAGACCCAGGUACAAGAUUGGCUACAAGACAGUGACUGAGCUGGCAUGGAGAUGCUGCCCAGGCUUCAUGGGAGAAGGCUGCCACGACAGCCCCACUGAUCAGCCUGUCCUGGUGCCCCAGCACCCUGGUCCCAAAAUGCCCCCUGGGCCGAAGAUGUUCCCACUCCCCAGAGUGCCUCCCCAUCCGAAAAGCCACCCUGACCUGUUUGCAGGACCAAAGAAGAAUCAAUAUGGCAGGAAGCUGCCUGGCCUGGUUGGGGACCGCCUGGAGCGGCUGGAAGAGGAGGUGCGGCGCCUGGCCCAGGCCUACGACAGCCUGCACGUGCUGGUGAGUGGGCUGGGGGACCGCCUGCGCCUGGCCAUCCAGGAGGACACCACCAAGAUGAUCGGCUCACUGAUGAACAGCCCCGGCACGCCUGACUCCUCCGUGGGCUUUGGCAUCAUUCCUGAUGGCCUGGUGGAUGUGGCAGACAAGGCUGAUGUCGCUUCGUAUCCACCUGUUGGGGAGAUCCUGACCAAAGUGGCGGAGGUGAGCGACGUGCUGAAAUCCAAGGCGGAUCUGCUCCAUGAGGUUCGUGGCAUGGUGCUGGAGCACGAUGGGCAGCUCAAGCACCUGCUGGAGGCGGCCCGGCCAUCACCCCUCACCUCCAUGGAGCUGCUGGAGGAGUACGUGGCUGCACGGCUGGGCAGCCUGCGUGGAGAGCUGCUCGACGGCUUCGAGAAGCAGCUGGGCAAGAUCCAGACCGCCUGUGACUUCCGCAUCCAGGAGGUGCAGCAGCAGUGCGAGCAGGAGAAAGCUGCCAACCUGCGGCUGCAGCAGACUCUGGAUGGAAAGGAGCUGGAGAUCAAGAAAGAGAUUUCCCAGCUGGAGACCCAGAUCCAAGGGCUAACAGUGGUGGAGAGCUGCUGCAGCAGCCUGGACUACCUCACUGACCGCAUGAACAUCCUGGAGAAGGGCCUGCACAGCAUCUCUGAGUCGCAGAAGAACUUGCACUCACGGAUGGAUGGAGAGAUCUCCACCAUCACCCUGGGGAACCUCUUCGAAGGGCGCUUUGAGGACCUGGAGGCCAGGCUGAACGCUACCGAGAGAGAAACGGGGAGCUGCUGCUCCAGCAUGGAGGAUAGCAUGAGAGGCACAGUGGUGGCGGAAGUGGAUGGCAUGAGAACGGCCUUCGAAGAUAAAAUGCAGACCCUGGAGGACAGGUUCAUGAGCAUCGUUGGGGAGCUGAACAAUGUCAGUGCUCCCAUGGGUAUGGAUGGGGUGGUGGUGCCCGUGCUGGAGGGGGAGCUCGCCAGCAUGAGGAAACGCACGGAUGAGAAGCUGGAGGUGCUGCAGAACCGUCUGGUCACGCUGGAGAGCACCUGUUUGUCGGGCUGCAGCUCCGCCUCCAAAGAUGUGGAGACCUUCCGGACGGAGAUCGAGGACUGCCAGAACAAGAACCAGGACCUGCUGCUCCGCAUGGAUAGCACCUCGGAGCUGCUGCGCAAGCUGAACGCCACCAUCCUGGAGAUCCAGCGGCGCAUCGAGGAGGAGGCGGCGGGGGCUCUGCAGGGGGAGAUCACCUUGUUGAAGAUCAACCUGAACACCGUCAGCAAAUCCCUGACGGGGCUCAAGGACUCCGUCUCGCAGUAUUCGGACACCGUGACGCACGUCAACUCCUCGCUGGAUGAGCACGAGCGGAAGAUCGAGGACGAGGUGCACUCUAUCCAGGAGAAAGUCAGCGACCACGGCUCCCAGCUCUUCUUCAGCAACCGCCGCGUGCUCAACCUGAAGGGCGACCUGGAGCGCCUGAAGGCGCGCAUUGCCGGUGAGCUCAGCUCCUGCCGCGGCGCUGCCCGCAGCCUGCAGCGUGACGUCGCACACUUCGACGAGCGCGUGGCAAGGGUGGAGGGAGCCUGCGGCCGGCUGGGGGCUGUGCUGGGGAGCCUGGAUGGAGUGAGGGGAGAGCUGGAGAAACACACGGGCGGCCUGUGGGACCGCAUGGACCGCCUCAAUGGGACGCUGGCUGCCCACUCUCAGGAAAUAACGGGGCUGAAGGACAACCUGCUCGACUGCCAAGCCAAGGUCUUGGAGCUGGCGGAGCAGCUCGGCCACCUGGAGGAGCGGGCGGGAGGGAAGCAUUAGCCCUGCCAAAGCGCGCUGCUUCCUCGCUUAACUUAUAUCACACAGACUCCAAUGUGACAACCUUUUUUUUUUUUUUUUAAUUUUUUUUUUUAAUGAAAAGAUAAAUUAAAAGCUGCUACACCCUCUCCUUCAUCCCCUCCUUUUUAAUUUUUUUUUUAAUUUUUUUUUUUUAAUUGUGUUGUUUCUGGUGCUUGCCUUGCUGUGCAGCAGCUGUGCAGCCCCUGCAGCAGCAGGUACCGGCACAUGGCCGGGGGUGAUGCGUGGGCUGAGGGCUGAUGACCCCAGAAGGACAAUUCAGGAGGAAGCUGGAGGCGGGAAGGUUUAUUUUGUUUAUUAUUUUUUAUUAUUAUUAUUUUUUUUUUAAUAUUUUUUGUGGAUUGGUCGCUUGUCGAAGAAUAAAACCCUGUAGUCAUCAGUUGAGGAACAGAAAUUCUCUGACCUAAAGACCACCUGCAUCUUCAUCCAGGGACUGAACAGAGCCAGGGCUCCUUCCAGGGAACAACUCACUGCAGGAACUGUGGAUUUCAAAGCCAACACGUACUCGCACAGCCCUGGGGAGCUGCACUCCCCUCCUCGAUCCGGCAGCCCUCCAUGCAGAAGGUAAAUCCAUUUCUACUGCUGCCUUCUCCAUGCAAACGCACAUGCCUUAUGGAGCAUAUGAGGAUAUGCAUUAAGAAAACACAUGCAUAUAUAUAUAUAUGGUAUGUGUAUAUAUAUUUUUGAACAAUCCGCUGUCACGGUGCUCACCCCUUUGCAAAGCUUUCUUUUGCUGCCCCCAUUUCCCUUGCUGUACGUUGAAAAGCUGCAUAGAGCACCUCUCGCCAGUCCUAGCAGCAUUUGCAUGAGCUCACGUGCUCCCUUAGUGCUGCUGUGGUUUGCAAUCCUAAUGUACUUUUCUGUCUGGUUCCACCUGGCACUGAUGCAAAGGGUUAUGGAAAAACUUGUGUCUUUCCCAAAGACACGUGUGCGUAGAUCUCUGAAGAGACAAAGCCAGGCAUGGAGCAGCCUCCUGCCCUCCAGCUCUGGUUUUCUCCUGUUUUAUUGCUUAAACUGUGAACGUGAUUUCCUCAUCUCAUCCCAGGGCAGGCAAGGUGCAGCUGCUCCAGGACGUGAGCAUGAGCGCACACCUGCUCAUGGGUUUUCCCAAUCCUGGAGCAGAAGCCUGCUUCUGCUUUGGGAUCCCUUGGGUCCAUGGGGAUGCUGAGGAUUCAGGGACCCCAGAGAGAGGAGGCACCUUGAGAAGACCUCUCCUGAGCUCAGGCCUGGAGGUAGGCUGAGCUGUGCUCCUGGGUCAGCGUGGGGCUGGAGGUGGUGUGAAAACCAAAGUGAUGCACCCAGUGUCAUCCUGCUUUCCCACAAAGACUGGAGAAGGUCAGUGUGUGCUGAGUGGUGCCAGCCUGGCCUCAUGGAGCGGGUGCCCACCUUUCCCAGGGGUUGCAUGGGCACACUGCUGCUCAGCCACCAGGGAUAUUGUUUUAAGGAAGGAUGAAGAGGAGAUUAAAGAGCCUCCACCCCACCAACUCUGGCACUUUAUAGCAGAGGAACGUUCUUGUCUCAGCUCAGUGUUGCAGCUCAUGGGCCCUUCCAGCCCAGCUCCCACUCUGUGCUCUGCAGGUCACCCUCUGCACAAUGGGAAUGGUGAGUACUGUGCCUGGCUGCAGCUUUGAUGAUUGAGAACCUGCUCCAGCUGAGGAGCAACAUCCAGCCACUUUGGGGUAUCCCAAGAAACCUGCUCUUAAAUAGCACAAACUCCUUUCUUCCCCCCAGCAGAGGGCAGGGAGAUCAAGGCAACCCUUCGUGAUGGGCCAGGUCCUUGCCCUGCAGGAGCACCCUGCCCCAGGCCCCCAAAGGGCUGCAGCAACCAAAGAGAAAACCCAGCCCCAGGCUCACCUCUGCCAAGCUGAGCAGCCAGGGCUUCUGCCCCAGAAAGCAGCAGAACAGCUUCCUGCAGCACAGAGCCAGCGUUGGCACUGACCGAACCAGGACAAGGAAGAAGUCUGAGCUUCCUGAACAUGGUGCUAUGUUUGGACUAUUCCUGACUAGUCACUUGAAGAUAGUUUGUAUUUCAGUUCUCAGCUAUCAGUGUUUAAAAAUGAAAGGAAUUGGUGUAAAAUAGGGCAUUUUUUUUUUCUUGCAGAGAGGGAAGGAGAUGGUGCCCAUGCAGUUGUUUUGUGCUGGGCAGCUUUCCGAGGCAGCUGGCAAUAGGUACUGCUAAAAGGCUGUGUUUUAUUGUUUUUGAAACCUUGUACAUUGUUCAGAUGUUAAAAGCUGAAAGGCUGUUUGUACUGGAAAGGAAAAAUAAAAUAUUUCUUGCUGAGGUUUCCAGUAUCAAAAUGACUUCUGUGGCUUUAGGAAAGGAGAGAAGCAUAACACCCGGCUUGUGCUAAGACAGGGAGCUCAAGUUAAACACUGAAGCUAUUUAGACAGGAAGAAAGGGAAUCAGAGUAGCAGGAAGUGGUUCACACUCACACAGCAUCAGAGAAGGAAAAGCUGGAUGCAGAGCAGAGGAAGGAGCCCAGCAGUGCUCUGCCUUGUACUGCACGGGGCUGCAGUGGACAAGAGGCAGCCUGGAUUAAAGCACUGUCUAUUAAUUACUGCUGCGAGUGAAAAAUGCUCAAAGCCCAGCAACUUCCAUGCAGCUUUACAAGUUAAGCCAUGUGACAGCUUCACUCCAGCAGCUACCACACAGCAGUGCUGGGUGUGCCAGAGGCUCAUCUAUAAAUAAGGGUGACCCAUCAUCACCUUUAAAAAAUAGCCAUCUCUGAAGAUGAAUAACAUUAAGAAGACACUUGGCUCAGAGAGCUACGGUAAGUUUUCAGUAGUCAGAACUCUCUUCACUGCUGCCUUUGUGCCAUGAGAAGAGCUGCCUUAGUGCAGGAUGUGACUUGUGCUAGAAGUACAGAAUGGCUGAGUACCCAAUGAGGAGCAUCUGGUUCUGGCAGGACUCAUGAAGAGCCCUGGGGCAGGUCCUCACAGAUGAUGGGGUCAGGAGAAGAAUUUCAAGUCAAUGGCAGGCAGGGGAGGUCUCCAGUAGACGAAGUGGUUGCACUCAGGGCACAGCAGAGCAUUACUCCCCUCCUGCCCGAGGGGAGGGAAGAUCAGCUCCAUCACCUCUGCUAGCUGCUCGUACCUAUAGGGUGAUGGGAGAAGCUGCAGCAAUAAGAGGUAACGUAAUGGGGCUUGAAGCAAUCCAAAAAACUGAAUGCAAAUGGG